UGCAAAGCGCACGAGGGUGUUCUAAUUGCUGCGCUUAAUAAAUUAAAAAAUAGAAAAUGGAAGAAAACGAGACCCGGACGGAGGCCAGGGAGCCCACGGACCUGUCCAAUGGCGAGGAUGACCAGGGGAGCACCGAGCACAAAUUCAGUCACCUGCAGAAUGAGAUGCGCAAAAUGCAGAAUGAAUUCAACACGCAGCGGGCGAAGAUGCGGGAGCUUUACAUGCAGAAGGAGGCGGAGGUGGGGCAGAGCCAGCUGGAGCGACGCCAACUCCAGACGGAACUGGACGAGCUGAAGACCAAGUGCGUGGUGGCGGACUUGAAGGCUCAGAACGAACUGCAGCUAAAGGACAUCAAGGCGCAGGAGGAGAUCUCCUCGCUCCAACAGCUGGUGCAGGACACCAUCGAGGAGUCCGCCCACUACAAAGGCGAGCUGGAGCACCUGCGUCUGGAGAUGGCCAAGUACCAGCAGUUGCAGUCGACGACGGCUCCUCCAUUACAAGCGGAAUCAUCCGUAGGAAUAGCUCCCCAGGUGCUGAAUCAGGUCAAAAAGACGCUGGGCUCCGUGCGCAAGCUGGGCACGGAUUCCCUAAACAGCAGUUUUCAGCUGGAGGACGACAGCCGGGCUUCGUCCAAGGGCAAUGGCAAGCAAUUCGCUGCCGAGGAGGCGGAAAUGAUGCACUCCAUCGUCGAGCAGCUGCAGGAAGAGAUGAAGGCCCUGAAGGUGAAGCUGCGCGAACAGGACGACCAACUGCAGGCCAAGUCGGCAACCGAGGAAUCCGCCCUGCACAAAUCCACCUCCAUGGACGUGGCCGAGGGCGCCUGUGAGUCCUGCAGCUCGGCGGAGAAGCGGGCCGACGAGCUGAACGCCCACAUAGGCAAGCAACAGAAGCAGGUGGAUCUGCUGCAGAAGCAAUUGGUGGAAUCCCGGGAGACCCUGGCCAAGGAGGCGGCGCUGCGCAAGGAUCUGGAGGACCAGUGGCAGGAGAAGCGGGAGGCCCACAAGAGCGAAGUACAAAGCCUGCGGGACCAGGCCAAAACCAACGAGCAGCGCCUGCUGGACAUGCAGCAGAAGUUUCUCGAGACCAAGGACGAGGUGAUAAAGCAGAUCCAGCGCGUCACCGACGACCGGGAGCGGGUCAACAAGCAGCUGGAGACGCUGCAGGCCGACAACGACUUCCUCUCCGGUCGGUAUCUGGCCACCUCCGAGGAGAUCGACAACCAGUACAUCAACCUGCCCAACACGGUCGUCGAAUUACACGAACUAAUGCUCCGCCAGCAGAGCGAACUGAUCCAGGCACGCGUGAGCAGCGAGUACGAGCGGCAGAAGUGCACCAGCACCGAGGAUGAGAUUCAGAUCUUGCGGGCCCAGCUGGAGGAGAGCAACAACGAGCGGCGGGCCUACAAGCGCAAGAUGCAACUAGAUAUUAAGUCGCUGCAGGACCGGGUGACGGAGCACUUGGUCACGGUGCAGGCGCACGAGACGACCAAAACGCAACUCGAGCGCAAAGAGGCUGAGCUCAACAAGCAGCUGUCGGAGUGUCGCGUGGAGAUCAUUGAACUGCAGGAGGCCAAUGAGAAGUACGCCAAGACAAACGCGGACUACAAGACGAAGAUAAAAACGCUGCAGGAGGAACUGUCCACCAUGGAGACGGUUCAGAAGGACUUUGUCAAACUAUCUCAAACUCUGCAGAUGUCGCUGGAGGAGCUGCGGCAUGCCGACACGGAGGUGCGCUGGCAGGACGACGACGACGUAAACAACUGCCCCACGUGCAACGCCUACUUCACGGUCAUGGUGCGCAAGAUCCAUUGCCGGCACUGCGGCCACAUCUACUGCGACAAGUGUCUCACGAAAACGGUGCCAUCGGGUCCGCGGAAGCGGGUGACCCGCGUCUGUGAUAUCUGUCACACGCUGCUCACGCCAAACACCGCUCCCUACUUCAGUCAGGGACAGCCGCCGCAGCAGCAGCAGGGUCAGCAGCAGUCCAACUAGGGGCUCCAAGCUCCAGGUUAUUGUGUGUAUUAUGUGUGAACUACGAUUACGAUUAGUUGGUAUCUCCUUAAACUCUAUUGCUCUUGUUCUGUGUGCUCCGAUUUCUAACGAUUACGAUUCGAGGUCAAACCUUUCGCCAGUCAUUUCCACUUUCCAUUUGCCCAUGUCUCUUUUCGAUUUGUGCUCUAUAUAUAUAACGUAAGCGAUGAGUUGUCUAUGUUAGCUUUUGUCGUAGGUAAGUUUUCAUAAUUGAAUUGAACUCAAAGCAAAUAUACAAAUAAAAAACAAGUAAUGUUUGUUGUUUGUCGUGGCCGCA